AUGGUGUCUGGGGACAGGACUGGGGGCAGUGGCCACAAGCUGCUGAACAAGAGGUUCAACCUGAAGAUGAGGAAGAACUUCUUUAUGAUGAGACUCCUGGACCUCUUCAUCCAGUGGGACUGGUCGACCUAUUUGGCUGACUACGGGCAACCCACAUGCAAGUAUCUUCGUGUGAACCCAACGACAGCCCUCGUCCUGCUGGAGAAGAUGAGGGACACGAGCAGGAAAAACAACGUUUUUGCCCAAUUUCGGAAGAACGAGAGGGACAAGCAGAAGCUGAUAGACACCGUGGCCAAGCAGCUCCGCAGCCUCAUCAACAGCCACCACUCCUGA